CAUAGUUCCAAUCUCCCACACCACAAAGCACAAACACAUUUUUCACACUCUUUUCACAAAACCUUUCUCCAAUCAUCACCAAACCCCCAAAACUCCCAUCAAUCAAACAAAAAUGACCGAAAAAGACAAACUCGGAGCCUCCUCCGGCCACCCUCCUCCGCCGCAAUCUCAACCUUUUCCACCUCCUCAGUACGGUACUUUCCAAGGUGUCUCCAACUUCCCUCCUCCUCACACCGACCCAUACCCUGCCAUCGGUUUCCCUCAACCCGUCCCUCCUCCCGGCUCCGACCCCUCCGUACCUCUUCCUCCCUAUUACCCUCAUGGCUACCAAGCUUUUCCCGGAUAUGCAGUUGCUGAAGGAAGACCUGUGAGAGAAAGGCGACUGGGGUGUUGUGGUAUUGGUUGUGGCUGGUGCCUGUUUAUAAUGGGUUUCUUUCUCGCUGCUAUUCCAUGGUAUGUUGGGGCAAUAAUUAUGCUUUGUUCCAGAGUAGACUACCGAGAGAAACCUGGAUACAUUGCUUGUUUGAUUGCUGCUCUUGUGGCUACAAUUGCGAUUGUUCUCGGAGCAACAGAUGUAGCAGAUGACUGGUAAUCUUCACUUCAUGAGUUGUAACGUUUGCUGCUAGACUGAGUGUAUCUAAAAGUGUACUUAAAAAUUGUGUCUCAGUGAAAUUUACUUAUACCAACUACAUAUUCAUUGAAAGAUGGUGUGACUUAUGUGUAGCUUGUAAUGGUGUGACUUAUGUGUAGCUUGUACUUUUAUUGUUUUAUUUUUUACAAACUUAUCCUGCUCAAUACCAAAAUAUGUUAGUACUGUAAUUAUUAAGCAAGACUUUUUGUGCUUUAA